AUGCUAAAAUAUUUCCUCUCCUCUGCGAUACUGUUAACUACGGUCAAAGCCGACGGAAUUCCGCAUAGAAAAGAAUUUACCGUCAAGAUAAAGGGAAAGUUGGUGUGUGAUGGAGAACCCGCUAGUGGAAGCAUCGUCCUGGCCGAUGAGGACUGUGGGUUUCUUUUCAGUUAUGUGGAAAUAUAUUUACAUAACAUAUGCUUUUAUAUGUAUAUAUAAAAGCGCUCGAUUUGCAAAGUUCAGAUUUUAAUGAAGCUUGCCAAAAGUCUGGAUAAACCCCGGGUUUUCGAGAUCGACGACAGUUUUGAGUCAAUGCCAGUCUGUCGGAAAAAUAAUGAGCACUUUUUUUUAGUUUUCUGGGACGAUCUCCUAAACUUCACAAAAACUGCCAACGUCAUGGAUGGCGCCUUCGAAAUCGAGGGAUAUGAGAAAGGCUGGACCAAAUUCGAUCCCAUUCUUUAUGUACUCCAUCAUUGUGGAGGUGAGCUCAAAGUGUCUAUGAUUUGGUAAUCAAAAAUUUAGAUGAAUUCAAUCCAGUGAGAAGCGAAUUUCCCAUCGACAAAAAGUAUGUGUUCGUGUCGAACGAUGAGAAGAAAAUGAUAGUAGAGGCCGUAUUUGAAUUGAGAAAUUCGACUGUAAUUUAUGCGUAA